AAAAAAAAAAAUUUUUUUUUCUACUCCCCCUUCUCUCUACUCCUUAUUGCACUAGUAGUCAAGAUCUAAUGUCACAAAAGAAAAAACAAUCCUCAAGCAAGAUACAAAAUAUAUUAUUAGGUGUUCCUGAUGGGUUUAUAUCAAAAGAAGAAGAUACGGAUCCAUAUAUCACAAAGUUAGGUGGUCUCCCUGUGUGGCUGAAUAAUGACGUUACUCCUCCAAAUGAUCUAUGCCGCUGUCGUCUUUGUCAUGAUUGGAUGUAUCUACUCUGCCAAACCUAUGUUCCUUUACCUGAUUCAAUUUAUCAUCGUGUGAUUUAUAUUUGGGCUUGUAAUCGACGCAGUUGUAUGCGUAAGGACGGAAGUUUCUCUGUUGUACGAUCUCAUUUAGUAGACGAAGACUACCUACGUGCUCAACAACAAAAGGAAGAACAAAAGAAGAAGAAAUUGGAACAGCAAAAGAAAAAAGCAUCUACUGGUUUUGGUACACCUCAAGGAUUUCAGUUAGGUGAUUUAUGGGGUGCUAACAAACAAUUCGGUUCCAGUAAAGCUGAUAUAGGCAGCGGAUUCGGUAUGAACAAACCAACGACUGACACUCUAGCUGAAAAACUGGGCAAGCUUCAACUCAAAGAAAAAUCAUCAACAACAUCAUCAUCAUCAUCAACAACAACAGUCGAACCAAUCAAAUCGAAUAAUGCUCCACCUGUAGAUACCAAAGAUUUACCAUCAUUUCCUGGUGAAUAUCUGUACAUUACCCCUGAAGAUUUAAACAAGGAUCAAGAUGUAGAGAUUGAUAUGUCUCGCUAUCAAGAAUACCUCGAUUUGGAAGCUGAAUUAUUGAAUGAGGAAGAUGAUACCAAUAAUGAAGAAGGAACUUGGAUAAAUGAACAAUAUGAAAAACAACAAUUACCUCGUGGUGUGGAUAAACAAUUCAAGAAAUUCAUGGAUCGUGUGGCGUAUGAACCAAGUCAAUGCAUCAGAUACGAAUGGGCUGGAUCUCCACUUUUGUAUCAACAAACAAUCGGUGAUCAACAUCUGGGUGGCAAUCAAGGCGGCAAAUGUGAAGUAUGUCAAAGUCCACGUGUGUUUGAAAUGCAGUUAAUGCCGAAUGUGUUAUCUAUACUUCCCACAUCUGAAUACGCAACAGAUACUCAACCAUCUAUGAACACAUCGAAAUUGGAUAGUUUGAACUCGGGUAUGGAAUUUGGAACGGUAUUGGUAUAUGUAUGCAAAAGUGACUGUCAUCCUGGUGAUACACAUGAUACUACUUUUGUCAAGGAAUUGGCUUUGGUCCAAUACGAAUUAGAUUAGAUCAUGUUUAGAUUAGACUUGUAUUGUACACUUUAUAAUAAAAAAUAACAUCUUGAUAUCAUGUUUGAUAAUCAAUGGAUUACAUUUUAUUUCAUC